AUGGCGAAGCGGGCGAUGCGAGUCAUCGUCGCGCGGCGAAAGCAAAUCGUUUUCUUACUGGGAGUGUUUUUUCUCGGACUGUUCGCGAAGGUGGCGAACGCGGAGCACCCGAGGGAUGCUUCAAAUUUUCAGGGAAAACAUCCGUGCGCGCGCGGCGUGCGAAGCUCGACGCCGAAGAGCGUUCGGGACGUCUCGGAGAUCGUUCGGCAGAGCGAAUCGGUGCGUGCGAACGGCGCGGGGCACUCUUGGCACCCGGGAUUGUAUUGUCCUGCGCGCGGUGGGACGCGCGUGGACUUACUCAAUGUGCGCUCGGUGGAAUCGAGCACACGAUGGAUACUUGACGAGCGCGCGCGUGUCGUUCGCGCUGACGCGGGAUUACUCACACGAGAUUUACUCGAUGGGUUAGCGAGUCGAGGUUAUACGCUUCCUGCAUUUCCGUGGUUCAUCGAUCAAACCAUCGGCGGUGCGGUGGCGACAGCGAGUCAUGGAUCGAGCCUGCGCGCGGGUUCGUUGUCAUCGCAGCUCGUCGCCGUCACGGUCGUGCUUGCGGACGGCUCCGUCGAGCACUACGCCGAGACAAAGACAUCGCCGGCUCUGUUUGAAUCACUUCGGGCAAAUGUUGGGCGAUUGGGCGUCGUUGUGGACGUAAGCCUUCGGGUGGUUGAGAACUCUCGCAUCACUCGCAAUAACGAAGACAUCGCGCCAGAUGCAUUCGUUGUCGAGAUGUUUCACGUGCAAGCAGCGACGCGUGCGUGCGCGAAACAAUAUCCAGACGACUUGAAGGCGCAGUGGUCGUGCGCCAUGUCCAAGCCGGAGGUGCGAGCGCUAGAUGAAACCCAAUAUUUUUGGUACACACCACUGCAAGAAAUGUCCCGAAUCACAUUCCAACGAGAAAAGCCAGGCGCGCUCAAUUUCACCGCCUACGACGAGCGUUCAGCUUCGAGCGCGCUCUCAUCCGUGAAUUUCGGCUCACUAUCAUCGGGCAGUUUGGUUCGUGACUCGCCGCCACGCGCACGUGAUAUUACGAGCCCAGUGACGCUGAUGGGAUCGGAAGGCAUGGCGUCGGCUUGGGCGAGAACUUGGAAACGAGCAACGCUUCUGAAUAUUGCGCCAGUGACAGACGAGCAGCGCGAUUCUUUCUUGUCCAUGACAGAGGAGCAGUAUUUGCUUCAUGAACGUUACGGAUACGAGCAGCUCGAGGUUGCCGUACCGUUCACAAAGGCUGGCGACUGCAUGCAGGCAUUCAAGACGGCGCUGUACGAUGAUCGUGAAUUAAAUCUAGGUUUCAGAUCCCAGGCUCUGCUUCGAUUCAUCCAACCUGAAAGUGCGUGGCUAUCGCCCGCGCAUGGUCGUCUCGGCACACUAUACAUCAACAUCGAGGACUUUGUCAAAUAUUCUCGAGUGUUUGAUACGCUGGGGAACCCGCGAUUCGACGCUGCUGUGGCCAUCCUACGCGGAGACAAAUGUGACGGACGUUUGCACUGGGGCAAGUUUGGGUUUCCGAAACGAGGAUGCUUUGAUGGCGCCAAGGAGUACGGCGUAUCAUUUUGUCAUUUUGGAUGUCAAGUCAGUCGUCUCGAUCCGACGAAUAAAUUCUUGGGCGAUUCCGACGCUCUCCAAUUCUCCGGAAUCGACUUUGCUGCGUGUUGUGGCGCAGACGGUCUCUUCGUGGAGAACACGACGUGUAAAUGUGUGUUGAACGAUCGCAUACCCGCCGAUCAAUGCUGA